GUUGCCCAGCGCUUGAAAGAUGAUACGGAUGACCCAGAUUGGUCACCCGGUGGCUCGAGAGGUGAAGGGCAUGGCCGUGCCGCCUUCUGGACCAUGUGGCCUGGGGAUGCAAAGUCCGUUCCCUUGGACUCGACUGCGUAGCUCUAGAUAUUUUGCAAGGCGAAGCAAAGCCAAAGGGCGGGAGCGCUUGGUGUCUCUCGGUGCAGCAGGAUUGAUGAGUUAUUGGCUGAUGAAGCUGCUGAAGCAUUCCAUCAUCAAUGGUAUUGCCUGGUAUUUGACGGCGAUGCGUACUGGAGUUCCACCUCCACGACGAUGGAAAACCUUUCUGGCCACCUAUGCAGCGGUCUACGUGGCCAGCACACCUUUGCAGCCUUUCAAAUGGGCAACGAUCGCUGCCAUGGCUCCUGGCAUGGACCGACUCAUGACAAAGAUCGCGAGUCGUUUCAAGUGGUCCAAGCAAAGGGCUGGAGGCCUUUUGCUCCUUGUCAUUUGCUUGGUAGCUGGGAGCGUGUGGACCCUGGGCGUACUGCUUGCCUGCAGCUUCGCACAAAUUCCAUUGUGGUGAAACAA